AUGGCUGCUCAAAUCGAAGCUUCAACAUCGAGUUUCAAACCUCCGCCUUUGGGAAAAUACCUCGCACACAAUGACAAACAAGUGCGAGACAAAGCCGUCGCAUCCCUUCGCUCCUUUCUCGUCUCCUCCCCGCACGCCCUCCCACGUCAAGAGAUGACCAAGCUCUGGAAAGGGCUCUUCUACUGCUACUGGCACUCCGACAAGCCGCUGGUGCAGCAAGCGCUCUCCAGCGAGCUCGCCACCCUCCCGCUAGAAAUGGACGACCCCGCGCGGGCACUGGCAUUCCUCCGCGGGUUCUGGGGGAUGGUCGUACGCGAGUGGAAUGGGAUCGAUAGGCUGAGGAUGGACAAGUAUUAUAUGCUUGUGAGGAAGUUUGUCAAUGGCGGGUUUAGGCUCCUCGCGAGAGAGGACUGGGACGAACAGUGUAUUCAGGAGUGGAACGAUCAGCUGAGCGGGCCUGGCGGGCCGCUAGACCCAACAGACCCCAAGAUCCCCCAAUCCCUCGCAUACCAUAUCGCCGACAUCUACCUAGACGAACUCCAGAAAAUAGUGCAGGAGCUUCCUUCCCCUCCUCCGCUGGCGCUCCUCGCCCAGCCCUUCCUGUACGACAUGUCCCUGAACCAGAGCAAGAUCCUCUUCGACAGGCUAGUCUCUGCCCUCCUCUCCCCGUUGUUGUUUUCCCUUUCGGCGGAAAGGGUGGAGGAGACGCCUUACCUGCACCUGAUGGGCGCUAUCGGCCAGCAAGGAGACCGCAGAGGGAUGAAGAAGGCUCUCUUGAGUGCGCUGUUUGAGCAGGCGAAUAAACCGGAGACGAAGGAGGUGAAUAGGAGGAAGAUGCAUAGGAUUUGGAGGGAGGAGAUGGCGGGUGACCAACCGGUGGGAACGGCCUUGCCUGAGGCGUAGACAAAAGCACUUCCGAUGUGCACUUCCUAGGCUCUAUCAUCUUGUAAUCAUAUACACAGACGCAUUCAUAUAAUUGUUU